AUGGUCCUCAGAGAGAGUGUCCCAGCGUCCACAUCACCCACGGUCCUCAGUGAGGGUACCCCAGCGUCCACACCACCCAUGGUCCUCAGAGAGGGUGUCCCAGGGUUCACACCACCCACGGUCCUCAGUGAGGGUGCCCCAGUGUCCACACCACCCACGGUCCUCAGUGAGACGGCCCCAGCGUCCACACCACCCGCGGUCCUCAGUGAGGGUGUCCCAGCAUCCACACCACCCACGGUCCUCAGUGAGGGUGCCCCAGGGUCCAUACCACCCACGGUCCUCAGUGAGACAGCCCCGUCGUCCACACCACCUGCGGUCCUCAGUGCGGGUGCCCCAGCAUCCACACCACCCACGGUCCUCAGUGAGGGUGCCCCAGUGUCCACACCACCCACGGUCCUCAGUGAGACGGCCCCAGCGUCCACACCACCCACGGUUCUCAGUGAGAUGGCCCCAGCGUCCACACCACCCACGGUCCUCAGUGAGGGUGUCCCAGCAUCCACACCACCCACGGUCCUCAGUGAGGGUGCCCCAGCGUCCACACCACCCACGGCCCUCAGUGAGACGGCCCCAGCAUCCACACCACCCACGGUUCUCAGUGAGAUGGCCCCAGGGUUCACACCACCCACGGUCCUCAGUGAGGGUGUCCCAGUGUCCAUACCACCCACGGUCCUCAGUGAGGGUGACCCAGCGUGCACACCACCCACGGCCCUCAGUGAGACGGCCCCGUCGUCCACACCACCCACAGUCCUCAGUGCGGGUGCCCCAGGGUUCACACCACCCACGGUCCUCAGUGAGGGUGUCCCAGCAUCCACACCACCCACGGUCCUCAGUGAGGGUGUCCCAGUGUCCAUACCACCCACAGUCCUCAGUGCGGGUGCCCCAGGGUUCACACCACCCACGGUCCUCAGUGAGGGUGUCCCAGCAUCCACACCACCCACGGUCCUCAGUGAGGGUGCCCCAGGGUCCAUACCACCCACGGUCCUCAGUGAGACAGCCCCGUCGUCCACACCACCCACGGUCCUCAGUGAGACGGCCCCGUCGUCCACACCACCUGCGGUCCUCAGUGCGGGUGCCCCAGGGUUCACACCACCCACGGUCCUCAGUGAGGGUGUCCCAGCAUCCACACCACCCACGGUCCUCAGUGAGGGUGACCCAGUGUCCACACCACCCACGGUCCUCAGUGAGACGGCCCCGUCGUCCACACCACCCACGGUCCUCAGUGAGGGUGUCCCAGCAUCCACACCACCCACGGUCCUCAGUGAGGGUGACCCAGUGUCCACACCACCCACGGUCCUCAGUGAGGGUGACCCAGCGUCCACACCACCCACGGUCCUCAGUGAGACGGCCCCGUCGUCCACACCACCCACAGUCCUCAGUGAGGGUGUCCCAGCAUCCACACCACCCACGGUCCUCAGUGAGGGUGACCCAGUGUCCACACCACCCACGGUCCUCAGUGAGGGUGACCCAGCGUCCACACCACCCACGGUCCUCAGUGAGACGGCCCCGUCGUCCACACCACCCACAGUCCUCAGUGAGGGUGUCCCAGUGUCCACACCACCCACGGUCCUCAGUGCGGGUGCCCCAGGGUUCACACCACCCACGGUCCUCAGUGAGGGUGUCCCAGUGUCCACACCACCCACGGUCCUCAGUGAGACGGCCCCGUCGUCCACACCACCCACGGCCCUCAGUGAGGGCGGCCCCGGCAUGCACACCACAUCUUCAGCAGGGCAGGCCGCCUAGUGGGCUGCAGCCUGGUGUCAGGCCCAGGCUCAGGACCCAGCUGCCCGAGGAAAUCACCGUUUGUCCUGUGAGUGUCUCGUUCACCUGCACCAAACCUUUGGCACCGCUGAUGUCCCCUAGGUCUGCCACUCAGACUUGCAAAUACAGUGUAACCAGCGGC